AUGCAUUUAAAUCGAUUCACCUCUAUUUGGUUGCCCCUUUUUCAUUACAAGUUGUGGAAACGUUCUCACUUCCAAUACGCAGUCUUUGUCAUUUUUCUUUUUGCUUUCGGAGUUAAUUACGAAAAUUUGUUUAUGACCGGAUAUUAUACUCCGAAUGCGGCCGGUUACGCGAUUUUUGCGGCUGAUCGAGCAACGCUUUCCCCAAUCUCGUUGUGGACGGAGAAGUCAAUGUCACACGUCUAUCCACUCACCUCGCUGGGCAUCAAUUUGGGCACCGUCUCGAAAGUGCUCUACAUGAGAUAUUUGGGGAAAAGUUUGGGCGCCAAAUCUCUCGAAUUGAACCUUUUAUUCAUUUGCUUGGCGAGUUUAUUCGUUCAAAUUGGUCUCAUGGUUUGGGUAGACUACGGCAAUAUGGCUCUCGAUCAAGCCACUUGGCUUUUAGUGUUAAACCUUGCCUCGGACUGUUCAACGUUAAGCGAGGCCUACAUUGGUUUAGCCGUUAACAACACCUUAAGACGAACAUUUCUCUCAUAUUUCUGUUUGUCGAUCAAAAUUGGCUCUGAUGUCACUUUUUCGAAUCCGUCAAAUCCACAAAAU